UUUUUUUUUAGAAACAAUCAUAUUCAAGAUUAAAUUUUUAUUUUAGCUUUUCAACCCUUACAAACCGCGGGACAAACUAGGACUCCUGAUGAUCAUUGUAAGUUGACAUGAAUAUAAAACUUUAACAAAUAAUCUUAUUUUAUUAAUCACUUCUCAUCCCCCCCUUCUUUUUGUUUGUUCUUUUAUCGGAGAUACAGUGAUUGCAAUGGUGAAUGAUAAUCAUAAUGAUAUAGAUCCUAGUGAACAUAGGCAUCAAGAUGAACGACGACAACAAGAACAACAAUACCAUCACUUUUAUCAUCACCAUUAUCAUCAUCAUCAUCAUCACGGUCAUCUCAGUAGUAAAGAUGGAACCAUUGAUACCCAAGUUUAUGAUUACGACAUUGACACAAUAAAAACUGGCAUACGGGAUAUUUUGGACAGAACAAGGCAUACCACAGAAAAGGCGAAAAAGGAUCAUCAUAUGCAUUUAUAUCCACAGACUGAAACUAAAAAAAGAAAAAUAUUGGCACUUCCUAUCCAAUCAAACAUGGACGACAAUAGUAGUGACAACAAUGAAAAUAAUAAUAAUAAUAAUAAUAAUAAUAAUAAUAAUAAUGGCAAUAGUAGUAGGCAUGGAUUACAACAAUACCGGAAUGGAAUGGUUGAUCAAGAUGACUCUAUAGCUAAAACAACAAUUCACUCAUCAUCAUCAUCAUCAUCAUCAUCAUCAUCCGAUUUGUAGAAAUUAUUUAUUCGGGACAACUCAUCAUCAUCAUCAUCAUCAUCAUAUAUCUCUAUCGAAAUUGGAUGCCAGAACUCGGUUCAAUCUUUGGAUUUCUAUUUUUAUAGUUACAUAUUGUUCUUUUUAAUAAACUAUUUUUCUUUUUUUUACUAUCUG